AUGGACAUGAAGACCCAGUAUGUCCUUAUCCCUGAGGAGGAGAGAGCAGUGCAAGCAGAAUGGCAUUCGAGCCCGCCUAUCGUCGCGCAUAUGAAGUAUACGCAUAUCCCUGCAGGUGUCCGAGCCAUUGAAGCUGCAUUCGAACACGACCCCCUCAAAUGCUACAUCAAUGAUACUCCAGAUGCGCGCAACUCGCGGUUGAGAAAUGCGUACCUGCGACUGGGACUAGUGAUACAACUUUCAAUGUACGUGCAUCAGAAAGAAGUGUACACGGUCGAUGGUGGCGAUGCAAUAGCUUCAUACAGUCGAACCGGGGAUAUGGGACCCUUGUUCCGGUUCUUCGCACCCAUAUUUCGCGCGUUGGAUAUGUUCAGCUCUCCUGAACAGAAAAGGAGAAGAGCCGAGGCGAACUCGAAGCUCAAUGCUGCGAAUGAGGCGAUCUUUGGAAAAGGCCCGUACGACAUGGUGUUGCUGAUGGAGCUUGCAACGACGCCAGAAAAGCAGGGCAGAGGCUAUGGGACGGCAUUGGUCGCAGCCGUGACAGACAUUGCGGACGCGAUUGGAAAGAGGACGUGGCUCCAGUCGUCCAACAUUGCAAAUACUAUGUUUUAUGAGAGAUGUGGGUUCGUGACGGUAGGGGGGUACAAGCUCGGAGACACAAAUCCGACGUGGACAAAGCCCCCGGUCAUCGUUCGGAUUAUGAUGCGGGAACCUCGGACUCGGAGAUCUGACGGGAUGCAAGGUAGUCGUGCAUAG